UGGGUGUUGUAGCUAGCGAAGAGAUGAACGGAAAGCGGCCUGCUGAGCUCGGUUCUGACCGGGCGGGGAAAAAAGUAAAGAAGGAGGUGAUGGCUAAGUUCUCGGAUGCUGUCACAGAGGAAACUUUGAAAAAGCAAGUGGCUGAGGCCUGGAGUCGCAGGACGCCAUUCCGCCACGAAGCCAUUGUCAUGGACAUGGACCCCUUUCUUCACUGCGUGAUCCCAAACUUCAUCCAAAGCCAAAACUUCUUGGAAGGACUUCAGAAGGAACUUUUGAACUUGGACUUCCAUGAAAAGUAUAAUGAUUUAUAUAAAUUCCAGCAGUCUGACGAUCUGAAGAAGAGAAGAGAGCCCCACAUCUGUGCUUUAAGGAAAAUUCUGUUUGAACAUUUCCGGUCUUGGAUUUCAGACAUUUCCAAGAUUGACCUGGAGUCAACCAUUGACAUGUCCUGUGCUAAAUACGAAUUCUCAGAUGCCCUGCUCUGUCAUGAUGAUGAGCUGGAAGGGCGCCGGAUCGCCUUCAUUCUUUACCUGGUUCCUCCCUGGGAUGCAAGCUUGGGGGGCACCCUGGACCUGUUCAGCGUUGACGAACACUUUCAGCCGAAGCAGAUUGUCAAGUCCCUUAUCCCUUCGUGGAACACCCUGGUUUUCUUUGAAGUGUCUCCAGUAUCCUUUCACCAGGUGUCUGAGGUCUUGUCUGAAGAAAAGUCACGUUUGUCCAUCAGCGGCUGGUUUCAUGGUCCUUCACUGACCAGGCCUCCCACCUACUUUGAGCCUCUCAUAGCUCGGAGCCCUCACAUCCCACAAGAUCAUGAAAUUUUGUAUGAUUGGAUCAACCCUACUUAUCUUGACAUGGAAUACCAAGCUCAAAUUCAAGAAGAAUUUGAGGAAAGCUCUGAAAUUCUCCUAAAAGAAUUCCUUCAGCCUGAGAAAUUUGCAGAGGUGUGUGAGGCUUUGGAGAGAGGACAUGUGGAAUGGAGCAGCCGAGGUCCCCCUAACAAAAGGUUUUAUGAGAAGGCUGAGGAAAGCCAGCUUCCUGACAUCCUGAGGGACUGCAUGGCACUGUUCCGCUCCGAGGCGAUGUUCCUGCUGCUCUCCAACUUCACAGGCCUGAAGCUUCACUUUCUGGCACCUUCAGAAGAUGAGCCUGAGGACAAAAAGGAGCGAGAUGGAGCCUCUGCUGCUGGGAACACUGAAGAAGGGACUAGUCACAGCUCUUCUGAGCCAGAGAACAGUCGGGGGGCCACCAGCGACAGCAGUCUACAGAGCGAGGGACCGACAGAUCCAGAGGAAGAUGAAGCAAAGAAAG